AUGCAGGACCAGGACCAGUACGCGGAUGUCGACAACGAACUACGCUUGAAGGAGAUUAGUCGACGAUCAGCAUGCGACCGAUGUAGAAGGAUGAAAACACGCUGCGAUCGGGGCAGCAACUGGGAUCUUGCUCAACUACAACAAUGUCGUCGAUGCUGGCAAGCACGCGUGAAGUGCAUCACGUCCAUGGAGGGUCAGCAACAUCUAAACAGACCGUCAGAUGAGCCAACUCACAGACACUGGAAACAGCUCAGGACCCCUUCUUAUGCAUCUAGCAGCAGCUAUCAAGUUUCCGAAGUUGUUCAAGAUGUAGGCGGGCAGCAUUCAAAUACACCAGCCGAACAGAAUCGAGGACAAUUCACCGCCGAUGUUCCCCCAUCAUAUCCCAUGGCAACAGACGCAAGAUCCGACUAUGAUAUAUGGUCAACAUAUGAUAUCGACCAUUCAUGGCGAGAUUUAGGCGAGGGUCUGGGCCAAGAAGGAAACUCGAAAAAUGCAAGAAUUGCCACUAUCCCGCCUACAAAGAGGAUGUUGCAAAACCCAAAUUCAUCAAUCGACAUGACGGACUCAUCCACAGACGUCCAGGGCCUCCUUGCUACCACCCAAUUCAACCAUACAUCGCAAGAGUGUCGCGAUCUAUUCCUACACGACUCUUCCAUGUCUCUAGAAUCCGAAACUCUUGACAAAACUAUCAUGAGCGAACUCAUGAAGUUCAACAACAAAGUGUCACUCGAUCUUCAAGACAGCCCCGAGACUUCUCAAUUCCCCGCCAGCAACAAAAGCGUACUGGUCAAGACUUUCCAGCACUCCAUCGUAUUCACAGAACUGCUGGCGCGCAUCCGGCAAGCAGGAGACACUUCAGACGGCAGUUCCUCUGGCUCCGAAAGCGCCGACCUGCGCUACGGAUGCAGCGCAUCAGAGCCCUACAGCAAAGUAGAUACAGACCUAGCCCUCCAACUCCUGUCCUGCAACAUGAACGUAAAUAACAUGUACAAGCGUCUCUACAUGGAAAUGCGGACGCGCAGCUGGGAAAUCGGAAACGCACACGUUCUUCCAACCCUAUCGCUCGAGGGUCUGCAGAGCCUCGAUGUCGUGAUGCGUAAUCAGGUGCUGUUACAUGUUUGUCUGUUGAAUUUUGCGAAGAUCCAGAGUGAGUUCGAAGUUAUUAGGGGUAGGGGGUACUUGACGCCCACUGCGGAGAAGACGUUUCAGAUUGUAAUUGGAGCGAGUAGGAACAGGGCAUUGAGUGAUGGGCUGGGGAUAGAGCAGAGUUUGGAGAACUUCAGGCAGAUGCUUGUUGAUGGGGGUAUCCUGUCGCUGUGA